AUGGCGACCAAGAAAGAAAUUCUGCUCAAUGCAUUCGAUAUGAGCACAAUCGGGCAUCUGUCGCCCGGGCAAUGGAAGAAUCCCAGCGACAAGUCAACUACAAAGCGUCGCCUAGACUAUUGGAUCGAUCUUGCGAAAUUGCUUGAGAAGGGCGACAUCAAUGCCUUGUUCUUGGCUGACACAUAUGGUGGCUACGAUACUUACCAGAACAGUUUGGACGAGUGCAUUCGUCGCGCGGCACAAUGGCCAAUGACAGACCCGACCAUCCCAAUCUCUGCCAUGGCGGCCGUCACGAAGAAUCUUUCAUUUGGCAUCACUGCCAGCACAUCGUUCGAGCCGCCCUUCUUGCUUGCGAAGAGGUUCUCAACAUUGGACCAUCUGACCCAAGGUCGUAUCGGAUGGAACAUUGUGACAUCCUGGAAGAAAGCUGCCUUCAAAGCUAUUGGUAUCGAUACCCCUAUCGACCAUGACGAGCGUUAUGAGCAAGCAGACGAGUACUUGAGACUGCUGUACAAACUUUGGGAGGGCUCCUGGAGUGAUGAUGCAAUCAUUGCCGACGCCAAGAAUGAUACAUACUUUGAUCCUGAGAGGAUCAGAACAAUCAAGCAUCAGGGGAAGUACUUCAAUCUUGAGUCGAGACAUAUCACCGACCCUUCGCCUCAGCGCACGCCAUUCCUGUUCCAAGCUGGAACAUCUCCUGCCGGCUCCUCCUUUGCCAGCAAGCAUGCCGAGGCCAUUUUCGUGUCAGGCCAUAGCCCAGAGGUCUUGAGACCGCGAAUUGAUGCGAUCCGUAAACUCGCCAAGGAAGAAGGUCGCGACCCAGCGUCCAUCAAGUUCUUUGCUACAUUUACCCCAAUUCUGGGAAAGACAGAUGAAGAAGCUCAGGAGAAGCUAGCUGAACUCAAGAAGUAUGCGUCUAUCACCGGAGGACUUGUUCUGUUCUCUGGUUGGACCGGCAUCGAUAUCUCGAAGAUUCCUCUGGAUCAGGAGAUCACCGCGGCAGACUCGAAGGAAGUCCACAAAGUGACUUCGCAGCUUCAUGCUUUUACGACUACAAGCAAGGAAGUUCCCAAGUGGACACCUCGUGUUGUGGCGGAGAAAGUGGGAAUUGGCGGUCUCGGACCUGUCGGUGUCGGAUCGCCAGCAACAGUCGCAGAUGAGAUGCAACGAUGGGUUCGCGAAGCUGACCUCGAUGGCUUCAAUAUUGGUUACGUCACUACCCCGGGUACUUUCGAAGACGUUAUCGAGCUGUUGAUACCCGAAUUGCGGCGCCGUGGCGUCUAUCCGGAGAAGGGAGCGAAGAACGGCCUGACACAAAGAGAAAAGGUAUACGGUGCAGGACAGGCGAGUCUGAGAGCCGACCACACUGGAAGCAGGUACAAGUACAACGUCUACAAGGAAGAUGCUCCCGACGUCCUGUUGGAGAAGAAUGGCGUCUCGGUCAACGCGACCGAAGUUGCGGCUUGAUAAGUGUUAGAACUAGCUCUUUCGCAGAUCCGAUCAGUAUUGUCUU